CCUGAACACCUGCCAGAGGAGUCUGUACCUUUACCUGGCCUGAGCUGCUCUGUCAGCUUCACUGAUGGUACAGCCUGCUCCGCUUCUGCUCGUGCUGCCGCUGCCAGGACACAAACACAGACUGCCUGCACGUACCAGCACACACUCAAGGCACACACACCACAAACACACACACAGACAGAAGGAGAACAGGCUGCCUGGCAGAAAGACGGACGCACGGAGGGAUAAAACGCACAACCACCAUGGGCUGCUGUAACAUGAGGUGCGGGCUGAUAGCCGGAGCUGUGUUUGGGGCUGUGGUUGCCAUCUUCGGAGGCGUCCUCAUCCCGCUGGGGAACAGCAUCAUUGAGGGGACAGUGAAGAAGGAAGCCGUCAUUGAGCCUGGAACCACAGCAUAUGACAACUGGGUGGCUACAGGGGGAAAGGUGUACAGGCAGUUCUGGUUCUUUGAGGUCAAAAACCCGCUUGAGAUUUUACAGCAUGGAGCAAAACCUGUAGUAGUGGAAAAAGGACCCUACACGUACUGGACAAGAUAUCUCCCCAAAGAGAACAUCACAUUCAACCCCAAUCAAACUGUCUCCUUCCUGCUGCCUUUUGGUGCCAUCUUUGAGCCGUCCAUGUCAGUGGGACCAGAGGAAGACAAAGUCACCUCCCUCAACCUGGCUGUGGCUGGAGCUUAUUCACUGGUUCCAAAAGUGCUACAUUCAGUGCUGGAGAAUCUGAUAAAGACAAGCAACUCCUCCUUGUUCCAGCACCGCACAGUCAAGGAAAUGCUGUGGGGUUACACAGACCCCCUGUUGAAAGGACUUAUAGGCUUAUUUGCACCUUACAAUGGCACCUAUGAUGGCUUUUACACUGUCUUCACUGGAAAGGAGGACAUCAGUAAAGUGGGAAUAAUUGACAGGUGGCAAGGAAAAAAGAGCUUAACUUUCUGGAAUGACAAGUACUGUGACAUGAUUAACGGGACAGAUGCUUCAUCAUUCCCUCCCUUUGUGGACAAGAAGAAGCCUCUCUAUUUCUUCUCAUCAGACAUCUGCAGGUCUGUGUCAGCUGGCUUUCAGGAGAGCCUGGAUCUGAAGGGCAUCGAGGUGUACCGCUUUACCCUGCAGCCAAACACCCUCGCCUCCCCUACGGUCAACCCAGAUAACCAAUGUUUCUGCAGAGACCCAAAGACCACCAAGAAUUGCACCAUGGCAGGAGUUCUAGACAUCAGCUCCUGUCAGGAAGGAAAACCCAUCUACAUCUCUCUGCCCCACUUCCUGCAUGGCAGUGCAGACCUGAGAGAGACUGUACUGGGCCUCAAUCCCAGCGAGGAGCACCAUGUCACCUACAUGGAUGUGGAACCUACGACCGGGUUCACCUUGAGGUUUGCAAAGAGGAUUCAAGUGAAUAUGAUGUACGGACCAUCAAAAGUCAUCACGGUGCUGAAGAAAGUCAAGGAUUAUACCAUAUUCCCUGUUGUUUGGCUGAACGAGACGGCUGCGUUGGAUGACGAAACGGCAGACAUGUUUAAGAAGGAGCUAAUCUCACGGAUCGAUAUGUUGGAGACAAUACAGAAGGCACUGCUGGGCGUAGGCUUGGCCAUCUUUGGAUUGUGUCUCAUCUCCUUUUGCAUAUUCAAUGUAAGAAAUAACCAAAUCAAGUCGGUGUGAAUGAAUCAUAAAGAAGUUUUUGUUGUGUGUGGGUUGCAGAGCACAGUGCAAUUAAGCUGCUAAGGGACAUCAAACCUUUUGAUAUAGACUUGCACUUUUUUGUAACUUCAGUGUUAUUUAUAAUGUCGAACCUCCUUUGAUACAAGGGGGAGGAUAACUGUGAUUUUUCGCAAAGCCCAAGAGCUGAACUGCUUUGCCGAGUAUUACUUUAAUUGCAAACACUGUAACUUUGACUCAAUCAGGGAUUUCUUGAGAAACAAAUGACGGAGUGUCCUCUUGACUGUCAGGUUUGGUAAUCAACACGGAGGAGGAAUGUGUUUGUUUGACAUCCUGUGAGAGAAAUGUACAAUCUGAUCUUACGAAAAUGUGUACUUUGCUGAACUAGUGUCUUCAAAGUGAAUAAAAGCUGUAAA